CGAUAAUCGAGAUGGAUAUGUUAUAAAACGGACAAGCGUAACCUGCUGUAGCUAAUGAGCUAUUAAUACUCUGCCCGAGCGCGCAAUUUAGCAAUUCGAAAAUCGCAACGCGAGGAAAGAGUCCGUUUGGCAGGCGUACGUCAUAUGUCACUCCGCGAGCAGGGAAAAUAAGAACUUGGACGAAGCAUACCCAACAAUUGUAAAUAUCGGGAUAUUUGGGAUUAAUCGCCAAUACAAAGAGAUCAUUAAUUGUUACAUAUAUUUGACAAGAAUAUCCACACAGUAAGAUAAUUGAAAUAUAGUCGUCGAUACCAAACCUAAAUAAAGAUGACUCGUCAGAGAUUCUAUUCAACUGAACUGCUUUCCUAUCGACAAAAAGGCCACUUAGCUCCUUGCUGGCUCGCUGCAUUGCUGAGCGAGAAAGAAUUCAAGAAACUAUAUAGUUCUAAUGCCAUAAAGAAGAUAAACAUUGUGGAACUUUGCGACGAGAUUCAGCAACAGACAUUCAGCGUGUAUCUGUCGUCACAAUUGAUGUACGGCAUAACGAAAAUUCACUCUUAUCAGACUGCAUACUAUGAGAAGGAAGCUUUUGAAUUUGAACAAAAAUUUAAAGCUAACAUAAAAAAAAAACAGAAAAAGGAUAAAUCUGAUUCAACUGAUUUAUCUGAUAGCGGUUUUUCUGAUAUUCCCGAUAUACAAUUGCCUCCCCCGAAUCAAAACUUUCUUAACAUUCAAUUGGGAGCAGACUUACAUCUUCUUCCCAGUGAAGAUGUUGACAGGCUACAAGUAGCUAUGCAAGAUGCGGAAAACCUGAAUUUUGGUUGCUUAAACGACGAAGAGAUAGAACUUAUGCUUCAACCUGGGGGUCUCUUCGAUCUGAGUAUAAGACACGUCAGCGAAGGAAUAGAUAUCGCAGAUAGAAUGGCAGAUAUUACAAUCACUGAAGAGGUUCAUCGAGAAAGAUAUUCGUCGCAAGAAAUCUCUAGUCCAGUAAUUGUGGAUGUAUCAAGAAUACAUGAUAAGUCCAGAAAAACUUUGACUCCGAAGAAACGACAGCCACCUCCGGGCAGCCAGAUCCAAACGGAAACGCCUAAGAAAAAACGCUUAUCCCUUGAGCCUGUGGUAGAACCUGCUCCUCUAGAAGAUGCGGCAGUUGCUGAACUGCCAGUGAAUAUAUCUGCUAGUCCUGUAGAGGACCAGGCAACUGCUGCACUGCCACAACCGGAAGUUGAACCGAUGGACAUAGAAUUGGAAUCAUUACAUUCAAGCAACCUCGUGAAUGAAAGGCGGUUUUUUUCAACAAGGAAACCCACAGUUAUCGAUCAAACGACCACUUUAAGUAACGACCUGCUCUUGAAAUGGCGUCGAGAUGUGAACGCUCAUAUCAAGAAAAACCGUCUAUUAGAUAUACCGUCAAUACACAAGAGAAGGAUCAUACCGUCGAUAAACCUUGUCAGGCAACCUUCGCACGAACCUAAGCGAUGGAGCGCUGAAUUACGCAACAUGUUCGAUGAUUUCCCCGCCAACCCUAGGAGUUUAGAUGAGGAUGUACCCCAUGAGGAUGUACUCGAUGAGGAUGUACCCGAAGAUGUGCAACAUGAACAUGUCUCAGCAAUACGUGUAGAAGAGACGAUUAGCGGAAUAAAUCUGCCUAAAGAUGAUUUGAGUUCAAUUGCGAAGACGAUCACCGAAACUGCUGCUGAACCUACGAUAGACAGUACCGUGAACAUCCAGCUGCCAGCGGCAAAUGUAAUUUAUGAAACUGAGGAGGUGCCACCAUUACCGGAAGCGAUAUCAGAUCCGACUACUUCAGAAAGAGGCACUAGAGCCGUUGGUCACAAGCGAGAUCAGAGAGAAAGUAUAAGUAACAUUGAUGAAAGUUUUGAAGACAUUGAAUCUAUAUUGGAGAAACGGCGACGUCCUUCUUCGACACAUGAAUUUUUACAACCUCUUACCAGCCCAACUUCUCGGUUUUCACUGACAAGUCAUACUAUAUGGCAAAAGUUACAAAUUUUUUGGAGUAAGGAGCCGUGCGUUAAAUUCAGUACGCUCUAUCCAAUUGACAGGCACACACGAGAGGAUGCUGGUGUCGCCUUCAGUAUACUUCUCGAAUUUCAUGCACAAAUGAAGCUCAUUUUGCAGCAGCAUGUAUCCUAUCGCACUUUACGGAUUUAUAUAUACGACAAACGUAUAACGAUAACUGAUGAUGCUAUGGAAUGUAAUUGAGAUAUAAAUUACAUUUUACACUCAUCAGUAUUAACUAUAAUAUUUUUAUCGCAGAAAUUCUUUAUAUUAUUUUUAAUGAAUACUAUUUACUUUAACUUAUUCACUAAAAAAAAUGCAAAGUGUUAUUAACUUUUAACAUUUGUUUCAAUGAAAUAGAACUUUAAUCUGUAUUCGUUUUAUAUAUAUGUGUCUUGACACAUCCAAGGGGGUUUGGGAGAUUAACCUUUCUUCCUCCCCCCAAGUUUUUAAUUAUUUUUUAUUUUUAAUUAGAGUUUAUAAAAUAAGUUUAUUUUUAACUUUGAGUAAAUUUUUCGUCAUCACAUAAAAUAUUAUUUUAAUUGCUAUUUAUGCGUUAAGUUAACAGGAUUGAGAAAAUCUCCACCCGCGAAAAAAAAUCUAGAUACGCCCAUGAAGCGUUCAUGUAUGUUAUAAAUUAUUUACAAUUAUUACAAAUUACUAUUAUCAUUUAGUAAUAUAUCUUGUGUUAAAACCUUUAGCGUUUCCUUUAGUUUUUCAAUGAAAAGAUUUAAUAUAUGCAUUAAUCGUUUUAUAUAUAUGUUAGAUCAUAAUAUUUCAUUUAUUUUUAGAAACACUGCGAAUUAUAUAUUAUUACUAUUCUUUAGUAAUAUAUCUUAUGUUACUUUAAUUGUCAAUGAAAUAGAGAAAGAUUUAAACCGUAUUAUUUACUUUAUAUUAUACAUCAUAAGUUUAUUUUCACGAAUAUGUAUUUAUGUAGUUUUAUUCUUUUGGCCAUGUUACAAAUUGUUUCUGUACUACAAAAAUGGCAAUAUUUGAAUGAGAAGGAAAGAGAUUAGCUGUUUGCUUUAUGCAUUUCAAAAGAUUAUAAAUAUUUGUGCAAGUAUUUAUUUAUGCGGCCAGAUUAUUGAAAUCGGCAAUUAAAUUUCAAGUUUAGCCAAAACAUAACAAAUGACUUUGUAUUUAAUUAUAUAUAUUUUACAGUUUUUAUUUUACGUUUAGCUUGAGUCCGUUUGCGCUGACGAUUUAAUUUAAUAAUUAGAUACUAUAAGAAGGAAAAAGAAAUGUUUGUUUUAUGUAUUUCAAAAGAUUAUAAAUAUUUGUACAAAUAUAUUUAUGCCAGAUAAUUGAAAUCGACACUAAGGCUUGUAGCCCCAUUAAAACAUAAAAUAAUAAGUUCGUAUUUAAUUAUAUUUUACAGUUUUUAUUUUACAUUUAGCUUGAUUCCGCUUGCGCUGACGAUUUAAUUUAAUAAUUAGAUACUAAGAAGGAAAAAGAAAUGUUUGUUUUAUGUAUUUCAAAAGAUUAUAAAUAUUUGUACAAAUAUAUUUAUGCCAAAUAAUUGAAAUCGACAAUAAGGCUUGUAAUCCCAUUAAAAUAUAAAAUAAUAAAUGAGUUCGUUUUUAAUUA